UUUUUGUGUCCCGGAGAGAAAAACGAAAAGUAGGGUUUUUUUAAUUUAUUUUAUUUUUUCUCACACUCACUGGACCCCAAAGGAUCGUUCAAAAGCUCAGUGACAGAUCAGGUUUUGUUUUUUUUUUUUUCUAUCAUAUAAAAUUCAUUAAUUAUUAGUAGUGAGGCUAUUAGUUGUUAUUAUCAGUUAUUAACAGUUAUUUUUUCUGCUGUUUCUCCUCCCCCCGCCUGACAAGUACCGAACAGUCCCUAAACACAAAGCAGCAGCAGCCGUUUAUCUGAACGGUGAGCAGCGGCUCUCUGGCUGAACCGGACCGGGAUGCUGUGAUAUGGCCGUGAAUGAGUCCCGGGGGAAGCAGGCAGUGGACCGGCAGCUCCGCGGGGCCGGCGGACAGAGCCGCCGCUGGUGACGGUGCCGCCGUUACCGGUACCGGAAAGCUGGGCGCGCUGUGGUCCGUGUCCUCCCCGCUGUUGGCCGCGCUGUCCCUGCUCCGGUCGCUCCUCUGCGGGCUGUGGAGCCGCACCGUGGCCGCUGUCAGAGCCGCGGAGCAGCCCGGCGGCAGCGGGAGCCCGGAGCGAGGCCAGCGGGUCAGGAGCCACCACGGGCGGGCCUUCGAGUUCAUCUCUGCGGCACUGAGGAUCGAUGAGGAUGAGCAAGGUGACAAGCAGCAGGCGGUGUGCUGGUACCAGCGAGGGAUCAGCGAGCUGGAGAAAGGCAUCGCCAUCCAGAUCUCAGGAAGCGGAGAGAAAUAUGAGCGAGACAGACGGCUGCAGAACAAGAUGACCACCAACCUGAUCAUGGCGAAAGACCGACUGCAGUCUUUAGCCACGGUGCUCUCCAGGUCCAGAGCUCAGACGGACAUUAACACUGACAGCACUAACCACGCCCACCUGCGCUCAGCAGGUGGCGCUGUCUCGAGGAAGAGAGACUCUGUUAAUCCAGCAGCAUCCAGCCGACUAAAGACCUCCUCCUCCUCCUCCUCCUCCUCGGCAGGCCUCCAUCGCUCAUCAAACCUCAGCUCCCAGCGCCGCCCCGCCCACACUAACAGGAACAGUAAGGGUAGAAACUGUCGCCGCGCCGUUAAAGUCAGCUCCCCAACGUCGACGCCGCUGAAGAAGAAACACACAAAGAACCUGAAAAACGUAGACGAGAAACUCGCCAACCUCAUUCUGAACGAGAUUGUUGACAGCGGUUCAUCCGUCAGGUUCGAAGACGUUGCCGGUCAGGAUUUGGCGAAGCAGGCGCUGCAGGAGAUCGUCAUCCUGCCGGCGCUGAGACCCGAGCUGUUUACAGGACUGCGGACUCCAGCCAGAGGUCUUCUUCUGUUCGGUCCGCCCGGUAACGGCAAGACGAUGCUGGCGAAAGCUGUGGCAGCUGAAUCCAACGCCACCUUCUUCAACAUCAGCGCCGCCAGUUUAACCUCCAAAUAUGUGGGUGAAGGCGAGAAGCUGGUUCGAGCUCUGUUCUCUGUGGCCCGAGAGCUGCAGCCCUCCAUCAUCUUCAUCGAUGAAGUGGACAGUCUGCUGUGUGAACGGAGGGAGGGCGAACACGACGCCAGCCGACGCCUCAAGACUGAAUUCUUCAUUGAGUUUGACGGGGUCCAGUCAGGAGGUGAUGACCGGGUUUUGGUGAUGGGAGCCACCAACAGGCCUCAGGAGCUGGACGAGGCCGUUCUCAGACGUUUUGCUAAGCGCGUGUACGUCGCUCUGCCAGUUGAGGAGACUCGCUUCAAGCUGCUGAAGAACCUGUUGGAGAAACACAGCAACCCGCUGACACACAGAGAGCUGCGCCAGCUGAGCAGGAUGACGGAGGGUUACUCCGGCAGUGACCUCACCUCACUGGCUAAAGAUGCCUCCCUGGGACCAAUCAGAGAGUUGUGUCCAGAACAAGUGAGGAACAUGGACGCCAGCGAGAUCCGAAACAUUUGUUUCAGAGACUUUGUUGAAUCUCUGAAGAAGAUUAAGAGAAGCGUCGGUGCUCAGACUCUGGAGCUUUAUGUCCGCUGGAACAGAGACUACGGAGACACUGCAGCUGUUUGAACUCUACACAAACAGACUUCUGAUAAACCUCGUUUUUAAUCAACAGUGUACAAUUUAUGUAGUUUUGCACGAAUGUUUCUACAAAAUAAAGAAACCUCCUCUUGUAUAUUUUGUUUCUUA